GUGAGUGAGUGUGUGUGUCUGAGUGAGUGAGUGUGUGUGUGUGUGUCUGAGUGAGUGAGUGAGUGUGUGUGUGUGUGUGAGACUCGAGCAGCAGCAGAUCUCUGAAGAACACAAACUGCUUCAUUCACAAGCGGUCGGGUCGGAAUGCAGUCUUCAUCAAUAUCAGUAUUUCUCGUUCUUAUCUCGGGACUUUCUCUUUCUUUGGCUUGUAAUAAAGCCCUGUGUGCCAGCGACGUCAGCAAGUGUCUCAUUCAGGAGUUGUGUCAGUGCCGGCCGUCGGAUGGAAACUGCUCGUGUUGUAAGGAGUGUAUGAUGUGUCUGGGGACGCUGUGGGAAGAGUGUUGUGAUUGUGUUGGCAUGUGUAACCCCAGAAACUACAGCGACACGCCGGCGACCGCUAAGAGCACGGUGGAGGAACUGUACCGGCCCAUCCCGUCUCUCUUCAGAGCGCUCACUGAGGGUGAAGCGCCCAUCAACAUGAUGGUGGUGUCGUUUCCCGUGGCCGAAGAACUGUCCUAUCACGAGAACCUGGUGUCUUUCCUGGAGACCAUAGAGGACACACAUCAGAACAUCUCUCUACCAGGGAACAGCAUCCACGCCAGCUACGACAACACCGCAGAUAAGAUGUGCACAGUUGUGUACUUCGAUGACUGUGUGUCUAUUCGUCAGUGUAAGCAGUACUGUGAGUCCAUGGGCGGAUCGAAGUAUCGCUGGUUUCACAAUGCGUGCUGUGAAUGCAUCGGACCCGAGUGUGUGGAUUACGGCAGUAAAGCCGUCAGGUGCAUGAACUGUCUGUACUGACUUUAUACUUUUAUUUGUGUUUGAUAGUUUGAGGUUAACGGAGUUUGUAUAUUGUUAACGGUUGCAGACAGACAUCUUUAGGUUGUCAUAUAGAGCAGAUGUGCUUCUUAAUAAAGAUUCAUGAUGUGACCGCUGAGAAAUGCACACAUGAUGUUACACGUGUUCUUAUGUUAACAUUAAUACAUGCAUUAGAUAUCAUAGUUCAUUUUAAUUCAUGCAAUAUAAAUGGUUAGUUCAUAAUGAACAGAUCUUAAUGUUUAGCCCUGUAAAUGUGAGCAAUGAUUUGAAGUAGCUGUUGUAAGUUUGUGUUAAUGUAGGUUAUUGUAAUCUGUUUAAGACAAUAAAGAUU